AUGUCUAUCACAACGCCCGCACGAGAGCCCAAGCCUGCGCUCCAAGUCGCCCCCGUCGGUGAACACAAGGCGACAGUCUUCUGCCUUCACGGCCUGGGAGGAUCAGGCGACGGGUGGCUGCAUGUUAUAGAUGAUAUGAAGAAGAGGGAAGGGUUGAAGGACGUGAAGUGGGUGCUUCCAAACGCGUAUACACGGCGCGCAAUCACCGCGAACUUUGGGCAAGAGAUGCCAGGAUGGUACAACGUCCUGCGGAUCGACGAUUCCUCCAUUGCAAGGCAAGAAGACGCCGAAGGCCUGUGGUCAAGUGUCGAGCGCAUACAUGGAGUACUCGACGAAGAAGUGACCGCCGGUAUACCUAGCGAACAGAUCGUUCUCGCCGGGUUUAGUCAAGGUGCAGCGGUGACGAUGGCUUCUGGACUCACGUAUUCCAAGAAAUUGGCUGGCAUUGCUGUAUUGAGUGGAUACUUGAUGAGGGAACUUAUAUGGGUCGUUGCACAGCGGAAAUCACCUUUCGUGCCGGAGCUGCCGUUCUUUCUCGCGCAUGGAAACGACGACGCCGUGGUCAGCAUGGAGACGAGCGAGACGAGCGUCCAAUCCCUGAAGGACAAGUUCGGGUACAAGCCGAUCGAGGAGAAGGGGAAAUUCACGGUGAUGUAUUAUGAGGACGUAGGGCAUUUUGCUGCCGAUGAGGAGAUUGAGGAUCUGGUAGAGUGGCUCGAAGAGGUGUUAAAGGUGAAGCAGGAUUAG